AUGGCUUAUAUUAUUGAUUUUGAGCUAGCAAAUGUUGUGAUUGCACCGGCUAACAUGUCUGGAAAUUCUGUGGUUAUUAGACGCGAUGAUAUUUAUUCUGCAGAAGACAGUCCAUUCUGUGAAACAUUUUUACUUAAUCAUUAUCUUCUUCACCCUCAACAUGUACUUGAUUAUAUAGCAAAUCAGAAACAUAAAGAUGCAUUAACAGAAUUUCGUCAUGAUGUUUCGUUUAGUUCAACUUUACAUGAAUCUAUUAGUAAAUAUUUCGACACUGAGUGGCCUGAAGGUGAAGAAACGUGGUUAAUUCAUGAUGAAGUUCCACAGCGAAAGAAAGAAUAA